AUGAGAAAUUUACAUUCUGAUGAUAAAAAUGCAUAUGCUUUUGAAAUAAAUAUCAAUAACAAUAAUACUUUUUCCGAAUCAUCAACACUCUCUUCAACCUCAUAUGUUAUCAAUGGAACUUACACAAUUACCCAAGUACCAUAUAUAUCAAGUGUUUACAGUAUUAUAGAUGAGCUACGAACUUAUAUUAUUGGAAAUUUCACAAACCAAACUUCUUACUAUAAUUAUAUAUCAGCAUGUGAUAUUUAUGACUUUAUAAGUUUAAAUUCUACAACAAUUGUUAUUAGAAUCCAUAGCUUAUUGGGAGAUCAAUGUUAUGUUUCUGUUAUUGGAUCAGAAAAGUUCUAUUUUACAAGUACCUAUAGUUAUUACACUGAUUAUAAAGCAGGCGAUGGAGAAGGUGCUGCACUAAGUAGAGUAGUUACUAUAGUUGCUAUUAUUUCAACAGUGUCAGUAAUUGUAUUUAUAGCAAUAGUUGUAAUAAUUGUUGUAUUCACUGUUAGAUAUUGUAAAAGAAAGAAAAGUCUUCCAAAAAACUAUAUUGAAGAUCAAUUAAUUCAUUUCUGCUACUUAGCUUGCUGCUUCACUACGAUUAGUAGCUCUUGUACAGAACCCAACUUAGUUGGCCUCGCUGUACAAGAAGUACUUUUACCUAGCAAAAGUGAUUGGGAUCUACUUAACCAGAUAUUUAGACAACAAAUUACAAAUAUACAAUCAUCUACACCAUCAUCAACACUAUCCUCUUCAUCAUCAUCAUUACACUCAUCGAAUAACUAUAUAGUUAGAGCACCACCCAGUAAAUCCCUCAGACCAAGCUCAACCAGUCAGAGACUAACGUCAAUGACCUUAAAACCAAGCUCAACCAGUCAGAGAUUGAGAUCUAUCUAUUACAAUCAAUUACUAUGGAUAUGGUGCAACAUUAUAUACCUAAAGAACUCUACACCAACCUCUCUAAAUGAUGGCAAUUCAAAGAGUCAAUCCACAUCAACUGAUGAUACCGCUCCAAUCCCUAAAUCCUCAUCCAGCAGUGAUGCCACCCCAAUGAAAAGAGGCAGACCUCCAAAGAACUCUACACCAACCUCUCUAAACGAUGGCAAUUCAAAUAAAAAUUUAAAUCAAAUAAUUACAAUAAUAUUUUCACUUUAUCUAUUGCUUAUUUUUAUUGCAAAGAACAAUGUUUAUGCAAUAGAUGCUACAAAAAACAAUAACAAUACUUUUUCCGAAUUAUCAACACUCUCUUCAACUUCCUAUAUAUACAAUGGAACUUAUACAAUUACUCAAUCAGGUUCCACCAAAAUCGAAUUGAAUUUAUCAAUUUAUUUAAUUUAUUUAUUCCCUUCAAUUAAAAAUAUAACAAUCAAUAAUACUGAAUGUACCACUAUCUCCACCAAAGAUCGCCAAAUAAGUUGCUAUAUGUCCAAUCAAACAUCAUUGAAUGAAGAUAUCUAUCAAGUUCUGAUAUUUAAUGAAACAAAUCUGAUUAUAAAUGAAAAUGUUAAAUUUCAAAGAAAAGUACCAUAUAUAUCAAGUGUUUUCUGUAAUAUAGAUGAAAGGCUAACAUAUGUAAUUGGAAACUUCACAAACCAAACUUAUAUAUCAGCAUGUGGUGAUUAUGACUUUAUUAGUUUAAAUUCUACAACCAUUGUCAUUAGAAUCGAAAGUUCAGCAGGAGAUCAAAGUUAUGUUUAUGUAGGCGAUGGUGCAUCUGAUAAGUUCUAUUUCACAAGUACCUAUAGUUAUCACAAUAGUAGAGAUGAUGAAAGGGAAGGUGCAGCACUUGGAGGAGCACUUGCUAUCAUUAUCAUUAUAACAAUAGUGCCGGUCGUUGUAUUUAUAAUAAUAGUUGUAAUAAUUGUUGUAUUCACUGUUAGAUAUUGUAAAAGAAAGAGAAGUCAUCCUAAAAACAAUAUUGAACUCAAUGAAUAA